CGAAGAAUCAUCAAACUCUCCAUGUGUACCUCCGUAUAGCCCGCACCACCCGUCGGAUUGGAGAGUCUGAUUCUACGAGGUCUCAUCUACAUACCUACUCUACCACCUUACCUUUGUGCCAAGCCCAAGACGACGUGGUGUUUUCCGGUCAUACAAUUGGCAAUAGAGGGUCCAGCCGCGACCACUGUAUCGUCUUCACCACGAUCCUCGUAACUGGUCGUAAUUCUCAAUUUCCCAGUCCGCUUAUCACCCGCAUCCUAUUCCGACAGCCGACUCGAACAUAACGCAUGUCGGGCGAGUGGAGGCCAUGACACGCUCUUUCCGACUCCGUCACUCCCGCGGUGAACCUCCAGCCGCGGAGCAUGAUGAGCAUGACGAGGCGCCUCCAUUCGGCGCACUGUCGUGGCUCUCCCUCCUAUCGCGAGCCACUUGCAUAACCGGCCAUCUCGCCUUCAAAGCGAUCACGGCCCUCCCACCCUCCCGGCGCGCAGGCCUGUCCUUCCACGAGUAUGUCGCGUACGAAGGCAUGCGCGACUACCAGUGCGGCCUGGACGCGGUCGGCAUCCAGCACCUGCUCGCGCCCACCACCACGACGUGCCGCCGGUACGCCCGGCGCCACAAGAUCCCGUACUCGGAGAUCCGGCUUCCGGACGGCACCGUCGCGGCCUGGCUCGGCCCGCGGAAUCACCGUCAUCCCUCAUCAUCACCCCCGAGCAGCAGCAGCAGCAGCAGCAGCAGCAGCAGUAAGGGAGGAGGCGUCCGCGUCCGCGUGCUUUUCCACGGCGGCGGGUACAUGUCGCCGGCGCUUCCGGACCACCUGGACAUGGCGUUCGGGUUCCCAGCGGGCCAGACGCCUGAAGCAGGCGUCGCGGUCGUGGUGCUCGAGUACGCGCUCGCGUCGGAGCGGCGGAACCACUACCCUGCGCAGCUGGCGCAGGCCGCGUGUCUGUUAGAGCAUCUCCUGCGCGUCGAGAAGGUGCCGCCGGCGCGCGUCACGCUGCUCGGCGACUCGGCCGGCGGGCACCUACUGCUCGGCCUGCUGCUGCACGUGCGCCACCCCAACCCCGACCCGGCAGUGCCGGCCGUUGCCGUGGAGGAGGACGGCCGCUUCGCUGGUGCGGCGCUCGUCUCGCCGUGGGUGGAGCUGGGGAAGCCCUCUUUUUCUUUGUCUUCGGCGUCCGGGAUGGGCGAGAGUAGUAGUAGUGGUGGUGGUGGUGGUGGUGGUGGGAAGAGGGACAUCGUCACGCCGGAGUCGCUGGCGUACUGGGCGCGGAACCUGCUGGGCGGUGCCGAGGCGGACCCGUGGAAUAGCCCGCUGUUGGCGCCGCGCGAGUGGUGGGCCGACCUCCCUGUGGAUGAGGUGCUGGUCACGUACGGCGGGGCGGAGCUGUUCCGCGACGAUGUGGCGCGGUUGGGCGAGAUUUUGAGGAGCGAGCAUCCGCGCACGACAACGGUUGCCGCCUGCGAGGGGGAGAUCCAUGUGCAUAUGGUGAUGAAUCGGUUUCUGAAGAUUAGGAAGCCAUGUCAGAGCGAGGAGGUGUUUGUAAGAUGGUUGGCGGGGCGAUCGGGAGGUUAG